AUGGCAGCUCCAUUGCAGCCGGAUCCCGAAGACUCCAUGAAGUCAACAUGGCGUACCUGGGAUCGCAAGAAAUGGAACCAGCAUCAUUUCAUUCUUAACUUUGUCAAGGCCCAUCCCUACGACCUGGACAAGCCAGUGCCCGUACAUGCCAAGACGGACAAGAUCCCUUAUUUGAAUCAGUUGUCUGUGCAGAUAUGGCUUGUCUACCACUCCAUGAUACCACUGGUCAUACAUCAGAUGUGGCUCAGCUUCUCCACCUACCAGACCAUGCACUGGACAGUGGCCCUUAGCCUCUACAUCGUCGCAUUUAACUUGACCUUUAUCCAUGAAGUCAACGCGAUCCGGCGCCUCGCGCACCAGUACGGCUUCCUCGACGGCGACGAGCACGACCGCGACGGCGUGCCCGACGUGGGCGUCCACCGCGUCACGGAGUCCGCCCCGCGGCUGACGGUCGCGCGCAUGGUCAUGGUCAUGUACUUUUCCUACGACGCUGCCGCCGCGCCGCUUGACGUCCUUACCUCGGCUCGAUGGUGGCUCUGGCUAGCGGCCGAGAUCGGCCUGUACUCGAUGGCGCUCGACUUUUGGUUCUACUGGUACCACCGCGCCAUGCACGACGUGCCGUUUCUGUGGAAGUUCCACCGCAAGCACCACCUCACCAAGCACCCGAACUCGAUGCUCAGCGCUUACUCAGACGACGUGCAGGAGCUCUUUGACAUGGCUGUCAUCCCGCUGCUGGGGUACCUGACACUGUGCGUGUUUGGUUUGAAGCUGGGAUUCUUUGAGUGGUACAUCUGCCACCAGUAUGUUGCGUUUUCGGAGGUCUGGGGCCACAGCGGCCUGCGCAUUCACUUUACGCCGCCGCUGCCGUGGUAUGCGCUGCUGCACCUGCUGGAAGUCGAGGGUGUGACAGAGGACCACGACCUGCAUCAUCGGUACGGGUACCGAAAAAGCAACAACUACUCUAAGCAAAGCCGUCUGUGGGAUAAGGUGUUUGGGACAGCCCGCGGGCGGAUCGAGUCUGUGGAAGAGAAUGUAGACUAUGUGAACCAGGCGCAGAUGCCGUUUUUUUGA